AUGGUGAGACGAUUUUUUCAAGUUGCCGGAAAGGUUGCUCUCGGAGGCUGCGUGCUCGUAACAAUAUUCGACAAAAUCGGCCAUCCAGCAAUCGUCUGCGGGAAUUCGAUGCUUCCAACCUUGAAUGGUAAAUCGGAGUCGAUAUUUGAACGGGAUUUCGUUUGGCUCUCUUCGCUGGGUCCCGCUUACAAACCGAAGCCGGGAGACAUCAUUACGUUUACAUCUCCAAAGAACGCAGAUCAGGUUCAUAUCAAAAGGUGUACUGCGAUAGAAGGAGGAGUUGUAAAGCCCAAGCGCCGAGACGAGCUAAUGAUUAUCCCAACAGGAACAUAUUGGAUGGAAAGUGAUAAUCCGCACAAUGCUCUUGAUAGUCAUGUUUAUGGACCGGUGAAUCGAGGGCUCAUGCAUGCACGCGCGACACAUGUGAUUUGGCCUCCACAAAGAUGGCAACAAAUA